CUACCACCCUCUCCCCCCUUUAACCGCCCUACCCAUUUCUCUGAUAUUAUCCGGUGCACAUUGAGUGAGACACAAAAAAAGGAAGAGGGAGAGAUAGCAAUGGAGAAGGGCAGAGUACCUUCUCUGCUCCUGCUCAUGGCGGUCGCGCUCGCUUCGUGUUUGUCGCCGGCGAUCUGUCACAACAUAACGGCGAUCCUCAACAACUUCCCUGACUACACUGUUCAAAAUAACUACAUGUCUUCCACGAAGAUCGCCGACGAGGUGAACUCCCGUCAGACUCUAACCUGCCUCGUUCUCCCCAAUGCGGUCAUGUCCGCUCUCGCCGCGAACCACAACCCUCCCUCCCUCAAAAAAGCCCUCCAACUCCUCGUUCUACUUGACUACUUCGACCCCCAAAAGCUCCAUGAUAUCGAUGGCGGCACCACCAUCACCACCACUCUCUUCCAAACCACCGGCGAAGCCAUCGGGGAACAGGGUUUCGUCAACAUUACCAAUCUCCGCGGCGGUCGCGUCGCAUUCGGAUCCGCCAUCCCAGGAUCGAAACUUACCUCCGAUUACACCAAAUCCGUUCGGCAAAUCCCGUACAACAUUUCAAUUCUCGAGAUCUCCGAUCCGAUCAUCUUCCCCGGCUUAAUUGACGACGGUGCUGCUUCGGACCGGAAUCUGACCGCCAUUCUCGAGACGGCUGGUUGCAAGAUUUUUGCCUCGCUUAUUUCCUCAUCAGGCAUGAUCAAGAUCUUCCAGGCCGCAAUGGUUACGGGGCUUACGCUUUUCGCCCCGAAUGAUGAGGCGUUCAAGGCGAAAGGAGUUCCCGAUCCGAACUCGCUGAGUAGCGCCGAUCUUGUGACAUUGCUUCAGUACCAUGCCAUAGCUUCUUACAUUCCGAAGGACUCUCUUAAGACGGCGCAUCAUCCGAUCGCCACUAUGGCGUCCGGCGCUGCGGGAAACUACGAGAUCACCGUCUCUGUUCAAGGGGACGACGUCACGAUUCACACAGGUGUGGAUUCUUCCCGCAUUGCUCGCACGGUGCUCGACGAAACUCCAGUUUGCGUUCUGACCAUGGAAAGCGUCCUCCUGCCUGAGGAGCUCUUCGGGAAGGCGCCGGCGCCGGCGCCGGCAGAAGCUAAUGUGACCCCCAUUCCCCAGGGUGCAACGCCUGUUUCCGCACCAGCACCGACACCGAAGCUUGCGAAGGUGCCGACUCCGGCGCCGGCAUUCAUAUCGCCACCUGAGUCGCCGGUGACUGCUCCGGCGACUGAGUCACCGGUGACGGCUCCGGCUUCUGAAUCGCCGGACGAAGCGGCGGAUAAGGAGGACGACAAAUCGUUGGCACUAGUGGUGAAGGUGAGUUCUUCAUUUGUGGGGCUGGCGGCGGCUGUCGCAGUGUUAUGGUGAGCUUUAGCAAGGGCAUAUUUUUAUAUUUUUAAUAGCCACGAAGGAUUUGGAUUUGGAAUUGGUUUUGUUUUUUUUCUCUUUUUUACAUGUUUGGCCUUUUAGCAUAUGAUCUGUUUUACAUGACGAGUUGAUUUCCAUCUGUUUGUUGAAAUUGAAAUCUG